UUUGCCAAAGUGCAUUUAAGGAUAUUCUACUUCACCGUGAGCUCUACAAACAGACCAACAGCAACCAUGACAGCACACACCAGCCUGCUCCUUCUCAUCACUGUGUGUGUGUCUAUGCAGGAAGGAUUUGGACUUCCACUGUCAGAGAGGCCUAAAUCCAGUGAUCUGGCUCCACCUCACAGAGUGAGGACCAAACGCUGUGCCUGCAACAAUCAGCUGGACUCUGAAUGCCACUACUUUUGCCAUCUCGACAUCAUUUGGGUCAACACACCAAGUAAGACCACUGUUUACGGCUUGGGCAGCCCCCUGUCACGUCGCCGUAGGUCUGCCAGUCGCUGUGUGUGUGCCGACUCUGACGACCACACCUGCACCAGCUUCUGUCAGGACAGCUCAGAUAACUCUUCACCCCAGAGCUCAAUUAAGAGCUCCCCAACCUUUUGA